GAAGAUUUCAGGCGCUUGAAAUUGCUGCUUAUAGAGCAGUUCGACCGACUCCAGCGUUUCGCGGCAAUUCAUUCUGUCAUUGUUGUCCAAGCCGCUUGGAGAUUGAUUUGCAUGCUCAUCGUGUUUGAAGAGUUCGUCCAUCUAGCAAAAUGAAGGGCCGUGUAACAUGGGAUGAGGCUAACAUUGAAGAAAUUGAGGCAAACAAACCUGUGAGGCAGAAAAUUACUGAGCCUAAGACUCCAUAUCACCCUAUGAUUGAUGACGAUGAUUCUCCAACUCUUCAAGGAAGCUUUGAUUCGUGUAUUGACAAUAACAAUAUCACGGUGGUAGCUGAAGAUGGGGCCUCUUGUAGUAGAAACAGAACUGGACAAUCUAGUGGCUGGACGUCUUCUGAGGACGAAUCAGACGCAAUGGAACAAGAUGAUGAAGAUCGGAGCCUCAGGUUCAAAGAACACAGAAAAGCUCACUAUGAUGAAUUUUUCAAGGUCAAAGAGCUGCGGCAAAAGGGUUCUUUGCUUGGGGAAGAAAGUGAUGAAGAUAACAUGAAGCUUGGUGAUAAGGGGAAUUAUGACUCAACAUCACUUAGUGCAAGUGUGGAAGGGAUAGACAUUAAUGGAAAGAAAAACUCAGACCCUGCACCUAGCUAAUGAUUUUUGGAUGAUGAUCGUCUAAUAAAGCUCACCCCUGUUUUGGUCUUUUAUUGUGUGGAUACGAAACAACUGUACGGUUCAAUUGUAUCUUGGGCACAAUAUGAUUAUAGACUUUCAUUCUUCAUCCACAAUGAUCAUUGAUCAUCUAAACUAAUUCGAUCUUUUGCAAUCUUGUAAUCUAGAAAAUAUGUUGAUGAGUCUUGAUGCGAACUCAUAAGCAAGAAUUUUUAGGCAAUUUGUUUGUGGGUGUUAGAUUGUGCUCUAAAAUGAUUCAGAUGGGGUGCCUGAAUAUUUUACGGCAGGUUUAGAU